GCCCCUCCCUCGCUCUUUGUGGGAUUCCCCGACGACAACGUGCUCCGCUAUAACUCAAAAUAUUUUGGACUUUUAUCUGGUAUUUCAGUUGGCCUCCUCUUCACCCACCUGUGACACAUCUUUGUCGGACAGCGUUAGCGGCGCCUACCAGCCCUCCUGUAAUUUGGCUCUUCCUGAUUGACUCUCAACGGAAGAUUAACGAUGAGUCAAGAGAACUUCGAUGGUUUAACUUUGGGCCUGCCGGACAGCCAGGGCUCCUUCACGGAGCUGUGGGAAAAUAUCAGGGUUUCCCCCCCACUCCUCAACCUUCCAAUGGCGCACAAUGACUCAUGGCCAGAUGGGAAUAUGGACGCACUGCUCAAUAAUGACCUGCCUGGCUUUGACGCGGAUCUGUUUGAGCUUUCCCCCGAGACGUCCACUGCGGACGGCGUAACGCCCCCCGCCUCCACCGUGCCGGUGACGAGCGACCACCCGGGGGAAUUUGGAUUCCAGGUGCGCUUCCAGAAGUCCGGCAUGGCGAAAUCAGUCACCUCGACGUAUUCGGAGCUCCUUAAUAAAUUGUACUGCCAGCUGGCGAAGACGAGCCUUAUUGAAGUGCUGGUCACCAAAGAGCUUCCUCAGGGUGCUUUCCUCAGGGCCACGGCGGUAUACAAGAAGUCGGAUCACGUGGCCGAAGUGGUCCGCCGUUGCCCCCAUCACCAGAAAGAGGACGCUACGGACCACAGCAGCCAUCUGAUCAGGGUGGAGGGCAGCAAGAGGGCUCAAUAUUUUGAGGAUCCCAACACUAAGAGGCAGAGUGUGACUGUCCCUUACGAGCUCCCACAGUUGGGCACAGAGAUGACAACCAUCCUGCUGAGCUUCAUGUGCAACAGUUCCUGCAUGGGGGGCAUGAACCGCAGACCCAUCCUCACCAUCCUGACCCUCGAGACGCCAGAGGGACUUGUUUUGGGCCGGAGGUGCUUUGAGGUGCGUGUCUGUGCGUGUCCAGGCAGGGACCGCAAAUCAGAGGAAAUCAAAUCAAAGGCUCAGAUCGGCACUAAACAAACGACUAAAAGAAAGAACGCCCCCCCCGCUCCGACCCCCAACACGUCUGCGAAAAAGUCCAAGUCGGCCUCCAGUGCAGAGGAGGAGGACAAGGAUGUGUUUGUCCUGCGUGUUCGAGGUCGCGAGCGCUACGAGUGGUUGAAGAAGAUCAACGAUGGUCUGGAGCUGCUGGACAGAGAAGGCAAGUCCAAGCCCCCGGUGACCGUGAAACACGAGGCGGCUGCGCCUUCCAGCGGGAAGCGGCUGCUGCUCAGAGGAGAGCGGAGCGACAGCGAGUGACGCGCUCGCCGCCUUCACCCGCGGAAACAAACGUCCUCGUCGUCUGGUUUAUUCCAAACUUUCGCUUUUGUAUUAAAUGGGGUAAUCGGGUUGGGACCUCGACUGUGCCUGAUUAAGACCACGCUUGUUGGAUUUUUCAUUUGUUUUUCUCCAUAGACUUGAUUUUAUAUGUAAAACCACUGAUGAUUUCUGUUAAAACUGUUGUUGGGCUGGCUGGUUCACCCCCUUUUAAAAUUUGUAGCGUAGUUUUGUACACGAUAUCAUCAGCGCUUUAGUUUAAUGUGACCAAACACUGAUCGUCCAUUUAACCACAUUUGUCUUUUACACUGCCAAAACAAGUAAAAAAAUAGUAUAUUUUUCCUCAUUUAUAUUUUAAUUAUUUUGGGAACUUAGUUUUUCUUAGAGUUCUUUCUAUAUUUUUCAUUGUCAUUUUAUUUUCCAUGACUUUUGUACCAAUUUGCAUUUUGUUAUACAAAGCUUUAAAAAAUAAAUUCCUAUUAACUCUUGUA